AGGAUAUUUUUGGAUGCAGGCGGGUUUGCGGCCUGGUUCGCGCAUUUUCUCACGAAGCGUGCUGCAAAGGGCGCGACUCACUUCGAUGGUCAAGCUGCCUGCAAUCAAAUGCUCGAGACUAUCGACAAAAUCCCCUUGGAAGCCCGAAAAUUGUUAGCGCGGGAGGUAGCAGCGGCGAUUCCCUCUGACACCAUUGCCAAGUUCCACCAGGUGUUUGAGAAGGUUUCGAAACCCAACCAAAUCAACACCGUGACAGUGCCACAAAAACGAGCUCCCGCCACGCUCAGCACGGACGCCAUAACAAGCGGCGCAAGCAUGCUUGCCGAGCAAAGCAGCAGUCGCUUUAACCUGGGAAAUCCUCCUGUCCUAAGGGUUAGCGCACUGUUUCCCACAUUUCUCGCUGGCGCAAUCAGGAGGUAUUCUCCGAAUGGUGGCGGGAGUGCGUGGACCGCGGCCAUCACGAUGUCCUUUCCAGACAUUUCGUCUUUCGGGAAUAAAAUUGGGUCGAUGAUGAGCCUAGAAAUCACAAGCAAUAAGGUUGAGCGCCUUGCAAGUAUGCUCUUUGGUGCUGGUAUCGAAUCCACGGACGAGAAUCGAUAUCUCAUUCAAGCCACGGGACUCAGAGUGAUCCCGUGCCCAGAUCUCGUUCUACGAGGUUGCAGGCGGGAUGUCAUCUCGGAGGUGUUUGGUCAUGAUGUAGAGACCGCAAUCAAAGCAAGUCCAGGUUAUAGGGAGGAAGCUGAACAAGGCAAUCCUCUUACAGAAUGCGUGACGAUGACAGUCUCACACCGAGCAAAGGAUGGGGCUGUGAUCAACCUGUCUCUAGAUCAGAAAGAAGGGGUUCGAGUAAGAAUGAAGCUCUAC